AUGGCCAGUCAAUCCCAGGGCAUUCAGCAGCUCUUGCAAGCUGAGAAGCGAGCUGCUGAGAAGGUAGCGGAUGCCAGAAAGAGGAAGGCCCGGCGUCUGAAGCAGGCAAAGGAGGAAGCCCAGAUGGAGGUGGAGCAGUACCGCAGAGAGCGGGAGCAGGAAUUCCAGAGCAAGCAGCAAGCUGCCAUGGGCUCCCAGGGGAACCUGUCCGCUGAGGUGGAGCAGGCCACAAGGAGCCAAGUGCAGGGCAUGCAGGGUUGCCAGCAGAGAAACCGAGAGCGCGUCUUGGCCCAGCUUCUUGGCAUGGUCUGUGAAGUCAGGCCCCAAGUCCACCCCAACUACCGGAUUGCUGCCUAAGAUAACCCCAAGGCCUGACUCC